CUGGUUCCCCCCUCCCAGCACAGCAGUCACGGCGCAGAGUGGAGAGUGGAGACGCCUGGUGCAGAGCAGGGACCCCAGCUUCGGAGUCAAGAUCCCAGAUCUGGAGGAGACACCUUUGGUCUAGAGCAGGGACCCCAAAACAGAGCGGCGAUCCCACAGCAGAGACCCCAAAACAUCCUCUUUCCCAGCCCCCAGGCUUUGCAGCAAUGACCGGCAAAACUGCACCUCCAGCCACAGACCCAGCUCCGGCGGCUCAAAAGAAAGAGCCAGUGCCAGCCCCAAAGGAAGAACCAGCACCAGCCCCAGCUGCUGAGGAGCCCCCUGCCCCUGAGCAUCCCCCUGCCGCGGAGCAGCCCACAGCAGACGAGCCUGCUCCCGUCCCCACGGCAGAAGCAACUCCAGCCCCUGAAGAAGGUCCCCCAGCUCCCCCAGCUGAACCCCAAGCCCCAGCUCCUGAACCUAAGCCUGAGAAACCAAAGGCAGAGCCGCCCAGCUCCCCCUUGUCCUUGGCCGUGGAAGAAGUGAGCGAAAACUCGGUUACGUUGACCUGGAAAGCCCCGGAGCAGACAGGCCACUCGGGCCUGGAUGGAUACGUGGUGGAGAUCUGCAAAGAUGGAAGUACAGACUGGACAGUUGUGAAUGAGGAGCCUUUUCUUUCCACCCGGUACACAAUCCAGGACCUCGGCUCCGGUGACAAGAUCCAUGUACGGGUGAAGGCUGUCAGCGCCAGCGGUGCCAGUGUCCCAGCUACUUUGGCGCAGCCAGUCCUCAUCAGAGAGAUCCUCCAGCUCCCGAGGAUCCGCAUGCCCCGUCACCUGCGGCAGACUUAUGUCAGGCGUGUUGGGGAUGCUGUGAACAUGAUGAUCCCUUUCCAGGGAAAGCCGCAGCCCGAGGUGAUCUGGACCAAGGGUGACCAGCCCCUGGACACCAGCCACAUCAACAUCCGCAACACGGAGAAGGACACCAUCUUCUACAUCCGCAAGGCGCAGCGCAGCGAUUCGGGCAAGUACGAGCUCGCUGUGCGGAUAAACGGAGCAGAGGACAAGGCUACUCUGGACAUCCGAGUGAUUGAGCCACCGGGCCCCCCCCAGAACCUGAAGCUGGUGGAUGUGUGGGGCUUUAAUGUGGCCCUGGAGUGGACCCCUCCGGUGGACAACGGGAACUCUGAGAUCAAGGGCUACACGGUGCAGAAGUCAGACAAGAAGAGUGGGAAAUGGUUCACGGCACUGGAGCGCUGCACCCGCACCAGCUGCACCAUCUCUGACCUCAUCAUUGGCAAUACCUACUCAUUCCGGGUGUUUGCGGAAAACGCCUGUGGGCUGAGCGAGAAAGCAGCUGUCACCUCCGGGGUGGCCCACAUCAAGAAGACAAAAACUGCUUACCAGCCAGAGAAGAUCCCCCAGCGGGACAUGAUGGAGCCUCCAAAGUUCACCCAGCCCCUGACAGACCGAACCACCACCCGGGGCUACAGCACACAUCUCUUCUGCUGCGUCCGGGGCUUCCCCCAGCCCAAAAUCAUCUGGAUGAAAAAUCAGAUGGAAAUACGGGAAGACCCCAAAUACAUAGCGAUGAUUGAGCAGGGCGUUUGCUCCCUGGAAAUCCGCAAGCCCAGCCCUUUCGAUGGGGGCAUCUACACCUGCAAAGCUGUGAACCCCUUGGGGGAAGCCUCAGUAGACUGCAAACUUGAUGUGAAAGUGCCCCAGUGAGGACAGAUCAGAGGGCAAGACAAAGAGCAAGUGGUGCCCUCACAGGACUCAGAUCUCGUUCCUUUACCCCAGGUGGAUGCUGCAGCUGCUGUGCAGUAGCGUGGCACAUGGUGAUGCUCCUGGCCAUGGCCUCUGCUGCCUGCGGGCCUGCCCCCUCCCUGGCAGUGCUCUGGUGGGGUCUGCACCUCAGCCUGCCAUGGCAUGGUCCUCUCUGAAUGUGUCCUUAGCUGUGACAAUAAAAUGAGCCCAUCUGAGGGGCUUUGGUCCUUAUAUAAAAAUCCAAA